AUGCGUAUCCCCUUGAGCCUGUUUCGUUUCGCGGUAGGCAUCGCGCUGGCGGUGCCUGUUGUCGCUGCAGCCAGGAAGCCGAAUCACAACACCUCCCGAGAGUACUUAUCAAGCGUUGUCACCCAGGUUCUGGAUUCUAUCAGGCUUCAAGACGCAAGCACACUGCCGCUGGCAACAAUCUACAAGGCGACCGAGAACUCGCACCCAUCAUCGCCUGCCAUGAUGACAGCAUGGCGUACCAUCACCAAGGUUGAAUCGCCCGCCAUGCUCGCAAUCGACACCGUGCAAAAUUCAGCGUAUUUUAUCUCCGCUAUUCGUGAAGGUAGCAAAACAGAAUCAAUCCUCCGAGGUCGAGUCAAGGUGGUGGACCAGCAAAUUACCGAGCUGGAACUAUUUAUUAACCGCUCUCGUGGCGAUGACGGCUUUGCCUUCUCGGCCGAGGAACUUGAUGACAACUACAAGCUUCUGAUGUCACCGCCGGCAGAACGAAAGAAAGCGAGCCGCGCAACAUUGGAAGCUCUAGGCGUGGCACUUUGGGAUCCAUAUAGUAACUUCACCGCCGCUGUCAGUGACACCUGUCAGUUCACCGAAGUGGGCUGGAGUGUCGUCGAUACCGGGACCUACGGAAACGGCUCGACCGACGCGCUUGGGUGCAGCUGGGAUUCUACGAGGCCCUACGAUCCGGAUGCACGAGCCAACCUGGUUGUCGACGAAGAACUGGGAUUUGUUGUUGCCAGUGGCAUGGUCCAGGGUAAAGUCUAUCCAUACUACGGCAACAUCUCCACUUUCAUCCCCGACUCCAUGCACACGCAGCAGGAAGCGCAGGAAGUAUGGAUCGACUGGGUGAAGGGGCAAGGCAAUGUAACGCUGCUGACUCCCACUGAAGCUACCGGUGAAAACCUGGAAGUUGUCCAGUACUAUAACGAUGAGCUCCAGGCCUUACAGUUGCAUGUCUUUCUUACCGGUCCAAAUAUGACAUCGGCCUGGCUGUAG